UACGGUAUUAUCAAUCAUGUUUUUCAAGUCCUGGUGGAAGAGAGAUUUGGCAAAGACACAUGGCAACAGCUGAGGAAUAAAAUAGAUUGUAUUCCGGAGAAAUUUAUCAUGAAACAUCCUUACGAUGACAACAUUACCGUAGACGUCGCUGAAGAAUGUUCUAAAUUAUUGGGUAUUUCAGUAGAUCAAUUUCUAGAAACUUAUGGACAAUUCUUUGUUGUUUGGUGCCAUCGUACUAAUUAUGUCAGCAUGAUAAAAGUCAUUGGAUCUAACCUCUUCAAUUUCUUAAGUAAUCUAAAUGCCCUCCAUGCUCAUCUAUCUAUGACUUUCAAUGGUAUGAAACCUCCAGAGUUUCAGUGCAUGCCUUCAGAUGAUCCAAAAAAGUUUUACCUCCAUUAUUAUUCGUGUCGUGAGAAUUUAUUCGGUAUCGUUGUUGGUGCAACUAGAGAAGCUGCCCGCUCCCUCUUUAAUCGUCGAAUCUCCAUUAAAAUAAUCAGUAAGACAGUUGACAAUAGUCGUUAUGCCAAUCGCCAUCACAUCGUCUUCGAAAUUUGCGAUUUAGGUUACGCCGAUAUUAAAUUGGCACGUACGGAAACAAUUGCAAUGGAGCCUGGAGCAGCAAUGUUUGUUCACAUGAAUGGCUACAGCAGUGAGAGUUUUGAUUACCAGUCACAAACUGAAUACGUCAAUUCUAAAGUCUUUUGCCGUAUUUUUCCAUUUCAUAUUAUCUUCGAUCAAGAUUUAAUUAUUAAACGUGUUGGUGUUGGUCUUUAUCGACGCUUACAGGAUUUAAAUACAGCGGAUAAACCACGACUGGAUCAAUUUUUCGAAUGUCUUAAACCACCUGUUAAACUAUGUAAACGAAGUAUUAAAAGCUACAGAAAUAACGAUUUUAUCUUACAAUGUAAAGAUAAAUCUAUUAAAGAAGGCAAUUUAUUUCAAUUAAAAGGUGAAAUGGUCGAAUUAGAAGAACAUGGUUCACAUUAUAUGUUCAUCUGCUCACCCGUAGUUGAGAAGUUAACUGAUUUACAAAAUCGUGGUCUCUUUAUAAGUGAUAUUCCACUUCAUGAUAUGACUCGUGAAUUAUUGCUACUAAAUGAGCAACGUUUAGCAGAAUUUCAGCUGUCUAAGCAAUUAGAAGAGACAACUGCUCAAUUGCAAGCAACAUCGGUAGCCCUAGAAAUGGAAAAAGUUAAAGCAGAUAAUUUAUUACAUAGUAUGUUGCCACCAUUAGUCAGCGAUCGAUUACGCAAUGGUGAUACAGUAGAGGCUGGAGAAUAUGAACAAGCUAGUAUUAUGUUUAGUGAUAUCGUAGGCUUUACAACCAUUUGCAGCCAGUGUAGACCUAUGGAUGUGGUUCAGUUUCUGAACAGUUUGUAUGUGAAAUUUGACAAGCUAACCAAUGUUCAUGACGUUUAUAAGGUAGAGACUAUUGGUGAUGCAUACAUGGUAGUAGGAGGUUUACCGGAACCAUGUGCUAAUCACGCUGAAAAAGUAGCUCGAAUGGCGUUAUCUAUGGUUGAUUGUGCUGUGCAAGUAUCAUCUCCAUCUGAUAACAAACCACUUCGAAUUAGAAUUGGAAUACAUUCUGGGCCGGUAGUUGCAGGUGUUGUUGGAAGCAAAAUGCCUCGCUACUGCUUAUUUGGUGAUACUGUUAAUACUGCAAGUCGCAUGGAAAGCCAUGGCUUGCCUAGUACUAUUCACAUCAGCGAAGCCUGUUACAAGUAA